GGACGGCGUGGCGGGCGCCGGCCUGCUGCCGCGCGCCGACUCGGAGCACUUCUCGCUCGACGCGUGCGAGUCCCCUGGCAGGUCCGAGGACCACGCCGCGCGCGCCGCAGAGACGUUUUGCUCCGAGUGGCAGUUCGACAUUAUGAACAGCCUCCCGCGCAACAAGGCGCUGGAACUCGUGGAGCACCUGCGGCUCAUGGUGAGGGAGAAGGAGCAGGCCGGCGCCGAGGCCCGGCGGCUCCGAUUGGCCUACGCCGAGUUGGAGCAGAGGCUCGCGGGCUCUGAGCGCCGCGGGGCGAAGGACUGGCGAACCUCCGCGUGCUUCUGGCUGUGCCUCCCCGCCCCUCGGCCUGGCGCUGUUUGCCGGGUUGCUCGUCUCGAUGGGCGUCCUGCUGCUCCCCGCGGCCGUCGACUGCGCCCCCUGCUCGCCCGCGCCGCCGCCGCGGGACAACCUCAGUGA